AUGAUAUUAAGCUCAAGAAUAAGAUAUUAACUUAAGGAACUAACUUCAAAUCUAUAUUUUCAAUUGUGUUGUUAAAUGACUGCUCAAACUGUUAUCGUCACUGGUGCUACCGGUUUUAUAGCUCAACACGUCGUUGGACAAUUAUUGGAUAGAGGAUACAUUGUUAUUGGUCAAGUAAGACUGUCUGUUAAAGGUAUUCAAUUGCUUAAAGAUUUUAACCAUGAACAUUUUUCUUAUGAAGUAGUUGAAGUUUUAGAAAAAGAUGGUGCUUUCGAUAAGGUUUUACUAAAUCAUCCUGAAGCUACAGUAUUUAUACACACUGCUUCUCCUGUUUCUUUUUCUGUUGAAAAUAAUGAAAGGGAUCUAUUAGAUCCAGCUAUCCAGGGAACCAAGAAUGUUCUCGUAUCAAUUAAGAAGUUUGCGCCUCAAAUUAGAAAAGUGGUUUACACUAGCUCAGCGAUAACAGCGACUAGCUUUUCAGGCAUGGGGGAUACAACAUUUUCUUGUACGGAUGAUACUUGGAAUCCAAUCUCAUAUGAGCAGGGAAUCAGUGGUGAUUCUUUUGAAGGAUAUUCUGCUUCUAAAAAGUUUGCAGAAUUAGCUGCUUGGAAUUUUAUUAAAGAAGAGAAACCGAAUUUCACUCUUUCAACUAUUCUUCCUGUAUAUGUACUUGGACCCCAAGCUUUUAUUUCCGGACUUAAGAAUUUAAAUCUCACAGCUCAAGUUGUUGCUGAUGUGUUGAAUUUUAAGAAGGGCGAACCCAUCCCCGAAUUAGAGAACUCUUUUGUCGAUGUCCGUGAUGUUGCACGAGCUCAUAUUGAAGCGUUUGAAAAAGACGCCGCUCAAGGAAAAAGAUUAUAUCUUACUGCAGAAAAGUUUUCCAAUGAAGAAAUGGUAGAUAUUGUUAGAAAGAACUUCCCUGAAGUUGCAGGUAAGUUACCAGUUGCUAAACCCAUUAAGAGAACUAUGUUAGAUAAAUCAAACGAUGCUUUUAUAAAAAUAAUUCUUGGUAAGCAAUAUUAUGGCUUAGAGAAAACAGUUGUUGAUAGCAUUAAACAACUUUUAGAUCACAGCACUUAAUACUGCGAUGUGUUUGGUUUUAGAUAGCAAUUUCAGUCAAAGUAGUUAAUCCAUAUGUUUUUUUAAUUUAAUGAGAUUGCAAAUUAUUUUAUUUUUCUCAAAUCUUGUGCUGGAACUUACCGACUCAUUAUAA